UACUUGUUUUCUCGAAGCAAAAAGCUGUACUGUUCUAUACUGUACUGUUCUGUACAUUCAUAAUGAAUAAUACCGGGUAUAGCAAACCAGGAAAAACCUUCCUUUUUACAUCGGAAUCUGUCGGUGAAGGUCACUCUGAUAAAAUGUGCGAUCAAAUAAGUGAUGCUGUUUUGGAUGCAUAUCUGUCGCGAGACCCCGACUCCAGAGUUGCCUGUGAAUGUGUGGCUAAGACGGGUAUGAUCCUGCUUUGUGGAGAGGUGACCUCGAAGGCAUUCAUUGAUCUUCAAAAAGUGGUCAGAGAUACUGUGAAGAAUAUUGGUUACGAUGACUCAUCCAAAGGUUUUGACUACAAGACCUGCAAUGUGAUUAUUGCUUUAGAACCACAGUGUGCUGAGAUUAGUGACUGUGUGUUUGAAGGUCGUGAUGAGGAUGACAUUGGUGCUGGUGAUCAGGGUUUAAUGUUUGGCUAUGCAACAGAUGAGACUGAGGAAUGCAUGCCAUUGACCAUCCUCUUGGCUCAUAAGCUUAACUAUAAGAUGAAAGAGCUGUCAAGAAAUGGAGUGUGUCCCUGGAUACUACCUGACUGUAAAUCUCAGGUUACUGUGGAAUACUGUGAUAACAAGGGAGCUAUGGAGCCAAUUCGAGUUCAUACAGUGGUCAUCUCGGUCCAGCAUAAAGCUGACAUUACAUUAGAUGAAAUACGACAGAAUCUGAUGGAGAAAGUGGUUAAAGCGGUUAUCCCAGCCAAGUACCUGGAUGCCAGAACUAUAUAUCACCUGCUUCCAAGUGGAAAAUUCCUAAUGGGGGGCCCACAGGGCGAUGCGGGGCUUACAGGCAGAAAGAUCAUUGUUGACACAUAUGGUGGCUGGGGUGGUCAUGGUGGCGGUGCAUUCUCUGGGAAGGAUUGCAGCAAAGUGGACCGUUCUGGAGCGUACGCUGCCCGCUGGGUCGCCAAAUCACUAGUAAAAGCCAAGCUUUGCAGAAGAGCACUGGUACAGAUCUCCUAUGCUAUUGGCAUAAGCCAACCUUUGUCAAUCUCAGUUUUCCAUUAUGGGACGUCCACCAAAGAUGAAGAUGAGCUUCUGGAAAUUGUACAAAAGAAUUUUGACUUAAGACCAGGAGUAAUUGUUAGACAGCUUGGUUUGAAAACUCCCAUUUUUCAGAGAACCGCCUGUUUUGGACAUUUUGGAAGAGAAGAAUUUCCCUGGGAGAAGGCAAAGAAAUUGGUGUUUUAGUAUAUCAGUUAUAGCCAAGAAAAAAUAUUUCGCUGCAGCAAAUAAAAUCUAAAAUAUUAAUCAUAACAUGGGGGGGUCAACUUUGAAAAGUGACUCUUUUUAAUUAAAGCAGUUCACACAGGAAGGAACUCUUCUAUCUUUAAUAAUAAGCAGUUGUUGUAAAAUUUUGGAGCAAACAUAAGGAAGUGUUUAAUCAUAUGAUGGAUAGCACAACUUUUUACACUAUUCAUGUUUUAUUGAAAUUAACCUUUUUGCUCUGUUGUUAAAAUCUAAUAUGAAUCACAUACAGUACAUAUUAGACAAAAUGUAAUUAUAUAAUAUGCUGAAAUUGCACAGAAUUAUGUUUAUAAAAAAUACAUAAAAAAUAUAAUAAAGCUAAAAAUGCUUAUUAAAAAUAUAUUUUUUAAGAAAACAAAUAAUUUAUAUUUCGUAUUUCUUAAAACCAAGAGGAUAAACUAGUUUUGAAAAUGUAGUAAUUGUCUAGUUCACACAAGGUUCGGUACUUUUCUUUGUGGCAUCUGAGGUUUUAUUUGACUUUUUAGGAAUUCAGUUGUUUUGUGAUUUUUUUUUUCUGUCACUUCCACCUUCCACCAUCGAGUGUCAGCAAAGAAUUAAAAAUAGAGUGGAUUACGUCACAGUUUCUGGUCUGAAGAAGACAAAAUACAUAAAUGCGAAAUAUGAACAUCCUUUAAGGCUGCAUAGUGUCUCUUGCUUUCAGGUUUAAGGUUCAAAUCUUGCCUCUGUCUUAUUCGCCUAUUCUCCUUGUGCUUUCCUCUGUUUUUUUUUUUUUUUAUCAAUGCCUGUAGUCCAUGCUAUGCCUCUGGAUACGCCGGAACCCCUCAAACCAGUGACUGUGGGUUCAGACCAUAUCUCAUCUGAUGUACUGUAUUACAAACAUAUUAAAACCUACACAAUGUAUUAAAACCAAAUAAACUUUAAAUUUUUAUAA